AUGGAACCAAGAGUUCUACUCACCUGCUUAGUGGCUUUCAUCUGUUUCAAUGCCUGCCUGGCCUCAGAGCUGGCCUUCCUAUUGGAGCCCAAUGAUGUGAUUGCGGUGAGAGAUCGCCCGCUGAUGUUGGACUGUCGGGUGCAGGGCGAGGGACCCAUCAUGGUAAGAUGGCGUAGAAACGGGGUGCCCGUGCCCACCAGCCAGCGGGUUCAAGUGCUGGCAAAUGGAACACUCCUCAUCCAGAGCUUUCAGAAACGAAGAGACGGGAAUGACCCGGAUGUGGGCGAGUAUGACUGCGCUGCCCAAAAUCGAUAUGGCAUGCUGGUCAGCCGUAAGGCCAAAGUCCAGCUGGCAUCACUUCCUAAGUUCCACACCCACCCAGAGUCCAUGUGGGUGGAUGAGGGAGGUGUGGCUCGUUUCCAGUGUCAGAUCAAUGGCAUACCUGAGGCCAAUAUCACCUGGGAGAGAGACCGGACAGCACUUAGCACUUCUAACAGCAGGUACACUCUCCUUCCAAUGGGUAUUCUCCAGGUAACGGGGGUACAGCAGACUGAUGCAGGGAUUUAUCGCUGUGUCGCCUCCAACAUCGCUAACACUCGCUACAGUCGUGAGGCAGUGCUCAAUGUCACUGAUGGAGCUCCUAGGACCUACAAGGAGCCAGUCAUCCUUUCUGGACCACAGAAUCUAACCAUCAAUGUCCAUCAAACAGCCAUCUUGGAGUGCAUUGCCACUGGAAACCCAAGGCCCAUUGUCUCCUGGAGUAGGCUGGAUGGGCGUUCCAUUGGCGUGGAGGGUAUCCAGGUUCUGGGAACUGGGAACCUGAUGAUCUCUGAUGUCUCCCUGCAGCACUCUGGUGUGUAUGUAUGUGCUGCCAACCGCCCUGGCACCAGAAUGAGACGCACUGCACUUGGCAGGCUAGUGGUACAAGCUCCUCCCGAGUUCUUGCAGUGGCCACAGUCUGUCUCCAAGCCAGCAGGGGGCAGUGCUGUGUUCACCUGUGUGGCCCAGGGCGUCCCAGAGCCUCACCUGAUCUGGCUGAAGAACGGCAAAGUCCUGACCCCUGGAGAUAAUGUUAAGCUGACCAAUAACAACAGCACCCUGGCUGUGACACGCAUCAGCUCUGAAGAUGAAGCCAUCUACCAAUGCAUUGCUGAGAACAGUGCUGGAACCAACCAGGCCAGCGCACGUCUGGCUGUAGCUCAAGCUAAGGACCUGCCAGCCUCCCCCCAGGGCCUGACAGCCAGUGUCCUGUCUAACAGCGCCCUGCAGGUGGCGUGGAGCCAGCCGCCUGCCGAUGUCACCGACAACAUCAUCGGCUACGUCCUGCACAUACGCAAGAUUGGCGAGCCCAACAGCCGUGAGCUGCAGGAAGCUGUCAGUAAAACCACCUUUCAACAUGACCUCACCAACCUGGAGCCAGCCACCACCUACUCCAUCUACCUAAAGGCAUAUUCUAAUUUGGGAGCCAGCCAGCAGUCCAGCACUGUGGUGGCCACAACACUAGGGGGCGUGCCAACCAAUCCCACCUUCUUCACAAAGGUGAUGAAUUCCAGUGCGGUGCAGGUCCUCUGGGAGCUUCCCAGUAAGGCUGGUAAGGUUGAGGGCUUCAGGCUGUCCUACCGCCGGGUGCCUCAUGCCGACUACCAGGGGCCAAUUCAGCUGCCCUGUCACAUCAACGCCCACACCAUCGCUCAUCUUGAACCGGGGUCAGUGUAUGAAAUUAAACUGGUUGCCUACAAUGGAAAUGGUGAGAGUGACUGCUCCAAGAGACUGGUGUCACUGGCAGAAGAAGGCACAGCUGCACAAACCACUGCAGGAAGGAAAACCCAGUGUCAUUGCAGGGAUGGAGAGGGCUCUCUGAGUGGCAUCAUAAUUGGCAUUCAUAUCGGCAUGGCCUGCAUCAUCUUCUGUGUUCUUUUCCUCAUGUUUGGAUACCGUCGCAGUCUGUUUUGCAGCAAAGGGACCCAGGACAGCUGGUCUGUACCAAGGGACGAUGCAGGACAUCUUGGUCACAAUGGCAUCCCCAAAGAUGGUGCGGUUCGCUCAAGAGUCGAAAAAGUGCCUCAGGAAGUGACAUGUCCAGCCCAGUGCCAUGUUAUUAGUGAGCAGCACUCAGCUGGUUUGCCUGGCACGGGCACUGGCUAA